GGGGGCCAUAACUUUCGUCCUCAUUUUCAGCAUUUUCGCAUAGGCUUCAUAGCUUCCUUGCUAGACUUAUAGGUUGUGGUAAGGAUUGGAAAAAUAAAAGUAAACAAUGGAAUCUUUUCUUUCUUUCUUUAGUCUCGAAUGAAUGAACUGAUUAUCAGGUCAAGGUAUGAUUGUUUGUACAAAAAUUUAAACAUGGCAGGCUCAUGUAUGUGUAUAUAUGCAUAUGUUUGUAUGUAUACAUCACACACUACUUCUAGCCAAGCUAUCUUGAAAGAUAGAUGUGCAUAUUCUCUCUGCCUUCGUUUUCUAAGAAUCUCAAAAAGGGGUUUAAUCACUUUUAUGAUUCUUGAUUAGUUUUUCGUGUCAAAAAUCAAAUCUGUUUUCAUCCCUGACAAUAUUUUUGGCAUCCUUCAAGUCUUUGACAAUGGUUUCUCAGAAUUCACAUCAAGAACCCAGUAUUCUACAUCAGUUUACCACUUCAUACUCCAUGACUGGUCAACCACACGGUCUAGGCUUUCAUUCUUUUGGUCAACCUCAAAUAACUCACACUAGACAUGUCAUGGAUGAUCUGCUUAGAGCCCAGAAACUCUCACCACCUUGGCAAACAUCACUAAACCAAAUCACCAGUGCCAUAAACCCAGCUUUUGUCAACCAGAUGGGUAUGUGUGGUUGUAUCUCUUCUUCCCCAACCAGUUCAAUAUCCAUCUUUUCUGGAACUGGUGAAUCUUUCUUAACUCAGUCGAAAUAUUUAAGGCCUGCACAGUUACUUCUUCACGAAAUGGUUAGUCUUGCUGAAAAGCCUUCACAUUCCGGUUGCAGUGAAAAGUACAUCAAGAGACUAUCACGCCACGGCAAGAAAGGAUCUUUCCGGCUCCGUUCUGUUCUCAGUGUUGAGUUUCUGGAUAACGAUAAAAUUGUGGAGCUGAUUGCUUUGCUUGAAGGGGUGGAAAGUGGAUAUGAGAAAUAUUAUCAUGAAAUGGAAGAGAUAGUGACUUCAUUUGAGGCGAUAGCCGGAGUAGGAGCAGGGAAGUCAUACACUGCACUUGCACUUCAAGCCAUGUCUAGACAUUUCUGCAACUUGAGGGAAGCUAUCUUUUCUCAGAUAAAGAAGGUAGUGGGAGAAAUAUCAGAAGAUAAAACGCAGAAGUUUGACACAAGAGAGGUUAGGAUUCAGAGGGUGUUUCUUCAACAGCUUGGGGCUGUACAAAGCUUGAGGCAAUCAUGGGGGCAAAUUAGAGGGCUUCCAGGGACUUCUGUGGCCAUUCUUCGUGCUUGGCUAUUUGAACACUUUCUUCACCCGUACUAAUCAUAUUAUUUUUGUUAUUAUUUCAUUAAUCUAUACUCCGUAUAUUUUUUCGGUUCAUGAAAUGAUUUAGUGAGUAGUGGUUUGUUUUUCUUUUAAGAUAUCCGGAUGAUUUGGAAAAGCUGAUGUUGGCGUCACAGACAGGCUUGACAAAGAAUCAGGUAAUCUUCAUUAUGAGUUUGGCUUUUUUUUUUGCUAAAGAUUGAAACUUUUUGAGAUGUGGUUUUGUGGGUAUGAAUGAUAAUGCUGUUUAAGGUGUCAAACUGGUUUAUAAAUGCUCGAGUUCGGCUAUGGAAGCCUAUGAUAGAAGAACUGUACAGAAAGGAGUUUGCAGACGCUUCAGAAGAAUCGACUAUAACUAAACAAGCUGCUGCUAUCACAUAUUCUGCAGUGGAAUGACAACAUCCUCUCCCUUUUUUUGCGUGAAGUUUAAAUCUGCAGUUGAGAUGAUUAACAGUUUGUUCUGAUUAUUAACACUGGGUUAAGUUUUGCAAAGGUUUUCUUGCUCGGGCAAUUAGAAAAAAAGAUCUUAUUAGUUUGGUAGAACUUUCCGUUAAAAGAUGAUGUUUCAAAACAUGGUUGGAACUUGGAAGAUCAAUAUUUUGUCCAUUUCCAUUGUGUGUGUUUAGGGUUUAAUUGUGUGCUUUUAAGGUAAAUCAGUGCAUUAACCUGAUGUGAU